CUCAAUUUGUGAGCGGACUGAACGAGCCCAUUAUAAUGGUGUAGAAACCGCAAACAAAUUUUCCUUUCCCGCCGUCGAGCCAAGUUCAUUACGAGGUAAGCCGAGCGUCGAGCGUCGUGAAUCGUUGACUUGUGUUUAGGGGUGCUCUCUCUCUCUCUCUCUCUCUCUCGAGCUGCGCACGCACCUAUGACUAGCAGCUUGCAGCAGACGAAAUCGCCGUCUAGCUCCCACCGUACGUAAUGUGUACAGACCUUACACACUGCAUGUAAACAAACGGUAUAAUAUGCAGUGCCACUUCCCCGUGUUAUAUUCACAGUGCUAGGCAUAUUAUGCGAGAAUCUACGGCAUCGCGUUGGACUGAACGUGGAACUACGAAUCUGACAACCAGGAGCUUUCAGAAUCCCGGAUAAUUGCACGUUUUUAGUCAACUACCACGAAAGAGGAUUGUUCAUAACCGUCAGGCAAGGAAAAGUGAAGGAUUGUCAUCAGAAUACUGUUGAAAAUCAGAACUCUGUGUGGAUAAAAACGACGCUAGCAGCGACGAGAACGGCCGCGGUCUGUACGAGGCGUUGACAAAUUUCAACCCCAGAAGCUCUGGCUGACGCGACUGGAGCUUCCCCGAUGUAAGCAGCACUAGCUCGUGAAGACAUCCACACUUCUAUGCGUUGAUUUGACUUCUGAAGUGUGCUCCUCCUUCCACCAUUUCGCUGAUUGCUCCGGAGUUGCGUGCUGUUGCUUUGGACUGCCGUGUUUUACCUUCAGAGGUUUCUUGUUUACUCGAGGGUUUUGAUGUUUCAUUUCUACGGCUUCUGAUGCUAGUAUUCUCCCACGUUAUAGUUCCAGGAGAAGCCCCACUACCCGUCAAUCAAUGCGAGAGACUUCGGGUAGAUCACUCCACCAAUAUAUAUAGCGAGGGAUUCUCGGUAAGAGCAGCAUUCGUAUAGUCGCCUUCGGUCGAUGAAUACCCUACCUCUCGUUCUCUCUACCUGCAACAUCUGCCUUACGAGAUUCUUGUGAACGUGGAUGCUGGGAUCAAACUAUAAAUCAGACUUUAUUCUUUCUUGGAGUGAACAGUGGAGUGAACCCGGGCUUUAUUUCAGCCUAGUAUCAUCUGAUAUGAUUGAAUGAAACUCUGAUUAAUUCCAUUCCGCUCUCGUCUUACUUCAGUGUUAUGCAGAGUUAUUUCAAGGAAUCACGUCGCCGAGAGUCAGCUUGAAUUCAUUGCCAGUGUUUCGCUAAUGAACCCGCUGUGCCGUCUGAUAGCAGCUAAAUGAAACUAACUUAAUGAGAUUUUUGUUUACAUAGUGUUUCCCGCCUCAUUCAGUUAUUCAAUCUAAUUCGAUGCAAGUUAAUUACCACCACUGAUUUCCCCCUUCGUUUUUUCCCUGCCCCCUUUAACCCUCCUUUGAGUUUAAUCAAGCCAACUCAAUUGCGGUGUAUGUCAUUAGCGCGAGUUCGGAAAAUUGGUAAACACUCCACUCCAAUUUGUGGAGGAGCGCAAAGAGAGGGGUCUAUUUUCUCUGCCUAUUGUAAGGGCCGACAAAGGUUUGGUUACGGAGCCCGAGUUUAAUUCAUUACGGGUCCAUUCAAUCCAGCGAAGAGUAGAUAAAGUAUCGGUGCAUUUCAUCGGUCUGCCUACCCCGUAUCCUUCAUUAGAUGUUAGAAGCUCGGAUCAUCUCCGACAUAAAAAUACAUUCAUCAGGAGCAUCUCACUCUCCGUCUUCUUCGUCAUCUUAGGAUUGCCAGCGAGGAGCUGCCAUAGUGACUGUCUGCAUUGCCUCUUUGUACAUCUUUGUACGGCAUAUUUUCAUACCGAGUGAAAGAUAUUACCCUCUCCGCAACUCUUUCAUACCAAUCUUUAUUUUUUAUAGAGGAGAUAAAAUAAAUAUUUGCUAACAGUGGAACAUUUUCUCUCUUCCUGACGACUAUUUUUCAUUGUGAAUUUUAAUCUUGGAAAGGAUUACAUUUCAAGAUCUCAAGAUUUCAAGGAGGAUUUUCAGAAGAAAGGCGACGUAAUUGCAAAAUAACUGUCGACCUCUCAAAUCCGACGAAGCUGAUUGAACAAGGAGGGACGAACGACGUGAAUAGAUUAUUAUAUCGAGUUUUAAUAAUAGGCAUUGUGCACCUGUGCAUACACAGAACCAACCCUCGCUUAUACCCCUUCGAUGAGCCCGCCAUCAACAAACAUGUCUCAUACUCAGGAUAGGAGCCAGAUUGUAGACAAAGCUAACAAUAUGGACAGCACCAAAGAGAACAGACCGACACCGACGACGAACAACAACAACAACAACAAUAACAACAGCAACAAUAACAACAACAACAACAAUGCUGUACGAUGUUGCGCGGGUUGUGGUGGCAAGAUCAUUGAUCGAUUCCUGCUGCAUGCCGUGGAUCGAUUCUGGCACACGGGGUGUCUCAAGUGUUCCUGCUGCAACGUUCAACUCGGUGACAUAGGACACUCAUGUUUCUCGAAGGGAGGGAUGAUUCUCUGCAAGAAAGAUUACCUCAGGUGAGUACCUUUCACGGAACAUUAUCGAUAAGGUGGUGGAGCCGAUAUGGAUGGCGGAUGUGGCUCUAGGUGUGUGGGCCGCUUAAGUGAGUGGGCCGAGUUAUUGU